UAUUUUUUUCAUCUAGUUCUAGUUUAAUUUUCAAUUUAAAGGUUUUAAUAAGUGAAUAUUGAGUAAGUAUUAUUAUCUUGAUAGUUUGAUUUAGUAGGAGUGGUCUUUCUAUUUUAUCUUUUGUAUUGUUUCACUUUUCAAAACAAAAAACAAACAAAGGAAAUUUUUUUAAAAACAAUAUGACUAUAAGAGCCAAUUGGCACUUCCUCUUUUGUCUUCUUCCUAAAAGAUUCCCUCUAAUCCCUUAUAACAAAAUUCACGAAAUUUUCUCAAAGUGCAUUCCUAGCUGAAAACCAGAUCUGAAACACCCCAAAAUCUCACCCAAAAACAGCUGCAAAAUAGCUCCAAAUCAGCUCCCAAAACAGUCCGAAAACCACCAUAAAGGCUGCCGUCUUCACACAAAACCAGCAACUCGUUCCUACUCUGUCAAUCACUACAAAUGAGCCGAGUUCGAGUCGGGUUAGUCGAGGUUCGUUGAGGUUUCCGGCAAGGCAUUUGUUUUCCUGUUCGAGGUUCUCUUGUGCUUGACGAUUCCAGAAUAUUUGCAAUUGUAAAGAAUUACAGAAUUUGUUCCGCAAUUUCUUCUGAGCUCCUGCAAGAUUUGAAAGAGCUUCAGCAGCCUUUUGUUUCUUUUUAUUCUCCGUGGAGCUCAAUCAAGGAAGUAUUAUAUCCAGUAGUGAUCUUUGUCCUUCAUUCUUUUGACAAUGUCUUUGCGUAGACCUCCCCUUCCUCGACUUCUGCUGAACAAUGUGUCUUGCAUGAGAAAUGCUCAACAAAUACUGCGCAAUGUAAAUGUUUCCCUCCAUGAUGGUGGUGCACUUGUACUAACAGGCACUAAUGGCUCUGGUAAAUCGACAUUCUUGCGCAUGUUAGCUGGUUUCUCGAAACCAUCAGCUGGUGAGAUACUCUGGAAUGGUCAUGAUAUCACUGAUUCAGGUGUUUUUCAACAGUACAAACUUCAGCUCAACUGGCUCUCUCUUAAGGACGCUAUCAAAGAGAAGUUCACAGUCCUUGAUAAUGUUCAAUGGUUCGAAGUUCUUGAAGGCAAGCAAGGAAGAUCUCUGCCAGCUUUGCAGCUUAUGGGGCUUGGAAGAUUAGUAAACGAUAAAGCACGAAUGCUUUCUAUGGGUCAAAGGAAAAGGGUACAGCUGGCCAGAUUGUUGGCAAUUGAUCGGCCUAUUUGGUUGCUUGAUGAACCUUCAGUAGCAUUGGAUGACGAAGGUGUGAAAUUGCUCGAGUACAUUAUUGCAGAGCACAGAAAAAAAGGUGGUAUUGUCAUUGUCGCCACCCAUCUGCCUAUUCAGAUUGAGGAUGCAAUGUUUUUAAGGUUGCCACCGAGGUUCCCAAGAAGGAUGACUUUGGUAGACAUGCUUGAUCGAGGUGGCCUGGACUGAUCUUUAAGAAGAUGUAAUCCAAGUUUAAAGAAAACAUUGCAAUAAAUUAAAGAGCAUGCAAUAGAGAAACAAGAGAAGCGUGUGAUGUGCCAAAUUUUCUUCUAGUGGCAUCAGAGUUUGCACUUUAUUUCAUUCUUGAUGGUUGCAAGAACUGCUCCAAGAUUUUUGUAUUUAGAAUAUCUAGGACUAGCUUCAUUAUCUCUACAUUGUUAGUUCCUCCUUUUUUUGCACUUCAAUUUGCCAUGAAAAAUGUGUGGAGAGCACCUUGCCUAGGUCUUUGGUCUAGUGGUAAGAGUGCAACACGGGACAAAAGUCUGCACUUUUAUUUCAUUCUUGAAGGUUGCAAGAAUCGCUUGAGGACUUUUAUAUUUAAGAUGUUUAGGAUUAGCUUAAAUAUUUUUUCUUUGUUAGUUUCUCCAGUAGAAAAUAUCAACAACUUCUAGUACUUUCUAUUUCUAUUGUUAAUUUGUAUAAUAUUAGUUUGAGAUGUGAGCUUACAUGGA